GCCAUACUCAAGGCUUCAAAACGGCAGUCCACAAACCAAUGGGUGACGUCACGGUGACAACGUCCACUUACAGUCUAUGGGAAGAAAACGUGAAUGCUUUUAGUUCUAUUUACCAUAGAACAUGGGGUUGUGGCGCACUUCAGCCUAUUCUGGCCAAAAUUAGUAUUACAAAGACAGACACUUUUUUUCACCUGUUUUCACAGAUGAAAGAGAAAGUAACUUUAAAAAUGACCUGGUAAAACCUUUUUUUUCACCUGUUCUUGAGUCAUAAACACAUCAGAGGAAACAAUUGAAAUCAGACUUAGAAAAUGGAUCACCAAUUUUUUUUCUCACUUGCCAGUCAGGGCUUCCAUAUAGGAGUGAGUGUCAUGCUGUUAAUAAGUUAUCUAAAUCCUGCUAUUUUAGGAAGUUACAGCACUCUUGUUGCGUAUUAAUCAUAGGUGGCAGUGCAAGGUGAAAGGUAGAAGGUGACACAUUCACUGUACUGUAUCAUAUCUCAAAUGUCGGCUGUGGUUUCUCAAGACAAAGGUUUUUACUCAAAUAAGAAGUGAGGCUGUAAGAACGGUGCUGGUUUACUUUUCACAUAGUUUGUGGUGUGGAUGGACAAAAUAACAGGAACACCUUACAUUGAUCAUUGGCUCAUGCUAUGGCGAUACACCCAUGAUAUAUACUGAUUAAUACUGUAUGAGGCAUUGUUACCUACCACGGAGUACGAAUGGUUUGACCACCGGCAGCAUUUUACAGCUUAAUAUAUUAAUAAUGUAACAUACCUCAGAAUGAAUACUAUACAUAAGAACAUUAACUUUUACUUCUGUAAAAAAAUAAAAUAAAAAAAUUCCACAUUUAUGAAGUAUUUCUCCAUUAUGGUAUCAUUAAUUUGACUUAUUAAUCAAGUAAUUUGAGUGUUGGACUUCAUGCCCACUCAAAAUAAUACAUGAACUCACAAACACAGAGCAAAGAAUUCAUUGUGUAUGCCUACAGUUGCUUUACUUUUAAACGUCAUUACUGAUGCCAUCCCAACACUUUCUACAUCCAGAACUCCCCAUCAUUUAUGACUGUGAGUCACUGUGACGUGUACUGGAUGAGGGGGUGGAAGGUGCUAUAAUAGACCAUUGGUCACUUGUUGAUGUUAAGGGCCAAACUCCUCCCUUCAGAAUAUAACAGCCCACAACACAUUAACUAUCAAUCACAGCUUAUCCAUUGAACCUACUAGUGCAGAUCAUAGCUACAUUUUUAACAAGACUUACUAGCCAGGGAACCAUUAAUCAAUUUCAGGUCUCUCCGACUUAAUUGGCCGUCACACUGUAGUGUGGAGGAGUCCUCUCUCCAGAAGGAGCAGCAUGUUUCAGCAGAUUAUGGCCUUUGUUUUAAGCACUUCGGGGUGGGUGCUGGUGUCUUCCACAUUGCCGAUGGAUUUCUGGAAGGUAUCUUCACUUGAUGGAACAGUCAUCACCACAGCUACCUACUGGUCCAAUCUGUGGAAGGCCUGCGUCACUGAUUCAACUGGAAUUACCAACUGCAAAGACUUUGCCUCGCUGCUGGCACUGGAUGGCUACAUCCAAGCAUGCAGGGCAUUGAUGAUUGCAGCCGUCUGUCUGGGUUUUUUUGGUUCUAUAUUUUCCCUUGUUGGAAUGAAAUGCACCAAAAUCGGAGGAACUGACAAAAACAAAGCCAGAAUUGCCUGCUUUGCCGGUGUAACUUUCAUUCUUAGUGGCCUUUGCUCACUUUCAGCAUGCUCCCUGUAUGCACACCAGAUAACUGCAGAGUUUUUCGACCCAAUGUAUAUAGCACAGAAGUAUGAACUGGGAGCUGCUCUCUUUAUUGGCUGGUCAGGUUCUAUCCUCUGUAUCCUCGGAGGCAGCAUGCUCUGCUUCUCCAUCACUGGUUCUUUUACACGUACCAAAAGCCACAGUCAGGCAAACUAUAUCUACAACGGCGCUGCCUCACAUUCUCAUAUCUCCUCCUACCCGAGAGGGCAGGCAAAGUCUGUAAACCAGAGGCCACCUCCUGACUACAGCAACUCCUCCAGGACGCAGCACUUUGAUAAGAAUGCAUAUGUGUGAGGGAUGUGAAUAUAAAACACUUUUAGUUGAAGCCACUGGUGAGUCUUAAAAGAUCUCUGUCUAAAAGAUACAGCACACUGUAUGAAACUUGGUGGUUUCUGUCUAAUAGCUGCACAAUUUGGUGAUAUCAAGCUGUGGCUCAAUUAAGUUGGAGUUGGAGGAAUUAAGUUUAGAAUAUUUAAAUGUUUCUUCCAGGGGUCCGAAACUCUCUGAUGUUGGGGAAUUUUAUUUUCUAUACAGCAGAUAUCUUCUGUAUUUGACAGUUGUACAUAUUAAUCUGCAUUGAAUACUAGGAUUAUGUAUGUAUUAUGAUUAAACAGCAAAAUCAAAAACAUUAUGGUCCAGAAUGGGCCUUUCUAAUCAAAUUCUUUUGCAUCAUCAUCUAUUUUUUUUAAUGUAUGUGGCAAUUAAGUGUGUAAUAUUGGGCACGACAUUUCCUUUGUUGGUUGUAUCUUUAACUGUAAGUAACCUGCACAUGUUGUUAAUCCAUAAUGACAAUAUUUAAAACUGUGUCAAACACAGAGUCUUUUGUUUUCCAUGACAUAACCAUGUUUUUUCUAAUAAGCAAUCUUGAAGAAGUCAAGAAAAGGACUGCACCUUGUCGUUGUCUGCUUGAAAUGUGUGGCAAAUUAUGAGAAGGCAUCAUUUUUUAGAAGAGUAUGUGAGUAGAAAUAAAAAAGAUAAAACUA